UUCUACGUGUGGACCUUUAACAAGGCGGAAGUUGACAUUCAUGGCACUAGUACAUGAUUAAUGACAUUUAACUGCGAUGGCGCUUGAUGUUAAGUCCAGAGCCAAACGGUACGAGAAACUGGAUUUUCUCGGAGAGGGACAGUUUGCCACAGUAUACAAAGCCAGAGACAAAAGAACAAACACUAUAGUUGCCAUUAAAAAGAUUAAAGUUGGCCAUAGAACUGAAGCUAAAGAUGGUAUCAACAGGACUGCACUACGCGAGAUCAAGUUGCUGCAGGAGCUGCAUCAUCCAAAUAUUAUUGGGUUACUGGAUGCAUUUGGACAUAAAUCUAACAUCAGUCUGGUGUUUGACUACAUGGAAACUGAUUUGGAGGUGAUCAUCAAAGACACCAGCCUACUCCUGACUCCAGCCCAUAUCAAAGCGUACAUCCUCAUGACUCUACAGGGGUUAGAGUACAUGCAUCAACACUGGGUGUUGCACAGGGAUUUGAAACCCAACAAUCUGUUGCUUGAUGGCAGCGGAGUGUUGAAGUUGGCUGACUUUGGUUUGGCCAAAGCCUUCGGCAGCCCCAACAGAGUCUACACUCAUCAAGUGGUUACCAGGUGGUACCGCUCCCCUGAACUUCUGUAUGGCGCCAGGAUGUACGGAGUAGGAGUUGACAUGUGGGCAGUGGGCUGCAUCCUAGCAGAAUUGCUCCUUCGGAUACCUUUUCUUGCUGGAGACUCUGAUCUUGAUCAGCUCACCAAGAUCUUUGAAGCUCUCGGAACCCCCACGGAAGAGUCUUGGCCUGGAGUGAGCAGUCUACCAGACUAUGUGCCAUUCAAAAUAUUUCCUGGCACGCCUCUUGAACACAUAUUUAGUGCAGCUACAGAUGACUUGCUUGAGUUGCUACAUGGACUCUUCACAUUCAACCCCUCCACAAGGACAACAGCUACACAGGCUCUGAAGAUGAGGUACUUCAGCAAUCGACCUGGUCCUUCUCCUGGGUCCAGACUCCCCCGACCCAACUGCUCUGCCGAAGCUCUGCGAGAGGUGGAUACAGCCAGGCCCAAGAGGAAAAUCGAAGGCCUAGAGACAACUCCCAUGAAGAAAAAGUUGAUAUUCUAACCGCACGGGACCAGAUGUUAGCCGGCAUGGCGACGGUGCUGCUGCGACCGACAGUCCAGUAGGGGAUGUAAAGUAGGACCUGUAGUCCAAAUUGGCACAUUUAUGAUGCCUGCCUGGAAAUACCCUGCGAGAGGUGACUGAAAAAGAAAACAAGCCUAUAGUCUGAUUCUUGAUAUCAGCUUUUCCCUAAGACCAAGGGGACACAAUUAUUGAGACCUAAUGCCAUUAUAAUAAUGAUGGAAUGACAAUGUUGGACAAUCCGUCCCAAGUUAUUUAGGGUUGUCACGCCAAAUUCAUCCUGGCAUGACUUUUAGUCAUGGCAUAUAAUCAUGUAUUGGUAAAAUUAGAAAUUACGCUAUUGUAAACCAUCUGUCUGCAGUCUGACCCAACUGUUUUGUUGCCCGCACAUAGUAUGCAUUAUUAUUUUUGUAUGAAAAAACAAUAAAUAGUGCAAAUACCUAA